AUGAAUGAAAUAUCAUAAAAUUAUUCAACAAUUGUGUUUUUUACAUGGUAUCAGAGCCUCCUUCAAUCUCCUCUUCUUUACCCUAGGAAUUGAAGUUUGGUUAUGUAUUCACAAUUGUUGUUUAUAUUCUUACUAUUCCGCUGCAAAUUUUUUUUUUUUUUAGUGUAUUACCACUAUAACUAAAGUAAGUGGUGAUGUCUCUAAAAAACAGAACGAAUCUAUUACUAUAUCGGAUGGGUUUCAUAUGCAGGGAACUUCUUCUCGAAUCACUCCGGAACUGCUUGAUGGUACCAAUUAUGUUGAGUGGUCUUUGAACACUCAAAAUAAAAUCCGUGGGAGAAAACGUUGGGGUUUUAUUUCGGGUACUAAGGCUGCUCCAACAGAUGUUAAAUCGGAGGAAUAUGAAGCAUGGGAAGAUGAAAACUGCUUGGUCAAAUCAUGGUUAUUUGAUGCGAUGACAAAGGAUAUCCGUUCUCUUUUUCUUCGAUUGGCUAGGGCGAAAGAGAUAUGGGAGGCAGUUAAACAGACAUAUUCUAUUGACCAGUAUGCAUCAAAGGUUUAUCAACUACACUGUGAGGUAAUUUCUGUUCCCAGAAUGGAGGUUCUGUUAUUUCUUAUUUUGGCAAACUACAGAAAAUAUGGCAUGAACUUGAUGAUAUUGAUGAUUGUAUUAUGGAGUGUGCCAAUGAUAUUGUGACAUAUAACACAAAGGUUAAUUCCCAACGUGUGUAUCUAUUUUUGGCUGGUCUAGACCCUCAAUUAGAUGGGGUUCAAGACCUCGUACUUGCUACCAAACCACUUCCCAAUAUACAAGCUAUUUAUGCUAUGGUUUGUGCAGAAGCUAAUCGCCAAGAGGCUAUGCUUGGAGGAAAGAUUGGAGAAGGGGUUGUGAUGGCUUCUUGGAAGAUGCCUAGCUCAAAGAAGGAUCGAAAGUGUACUCACUGCAAUGGUAUUGGUCAUACCGUAGAUACAUGCUUUCAACUCCAUGGGUAUCCAGAUUGGCAUCCAAAAGGCAAGACUGCGUCUUAUGUGUCUUCCAAUGCUAAGGAGCUUGAUCCGAAGGGGAACCUAGCCAUAACUCCUGGAUUUACUGCAAAGUCUGAACAUCCAUACUCGGGAGAAGAUUGGCAGUGGUAGACGAAUUGGAGGAUUAUACUAUCUGGAGGAUGGGUUCCAACAUUUCAGCAAAAAGGGGAAAGCUUACGUGGUGAAUGAAGAUUUGGUGAAUUAGAAGGAGGAAAUUUGGUUGUGGCAUAGGAGACUAGGACAUCCCUCUUUUAGCUAUCUUAGGAGAUUAUUCCCCUCUUUGUUUAGUGGAUGUAAUGUUUCAGAUUUUAUUUGCGAAAAUUGUGUGAGGGCAAAAAGUCACCGUACUACUUUCCAUUUGAGUAAAUAAUAAAGCAAAUUUUCCCUUUUCAUUAGUUCAUUCGGAUGUUUGGGGACCGGCACCAAUUUCUAUUCUUAAUGGGAUGAGGUGGUUUGUAUCUUUUGUAGAUGAUUGCACUCGCAUGACUUGUAUUUAUCAAUUGAAGCACAAGAGUGAUGUUUGCUCGGUUUUUCGCAUGUUCCAUCAAAUGGUGACUACUCAGUUUGGCAUUCCAAUAAAAGUCCUUCGUUUUGAUAAUAGCGGAGAAUACGUC